UUUUGCUUUCUUUCUGCAGCCUGUAGCAGUGUCAAGAUGGCCAAUCGCACCAAGAAGGUUGGGAUCGUGGGUAAAUAUGGUACCCGAUAUGGAGCUUCUGUGAGGAAGAUGGUGAAGAAGAUUGAAAUUAGCCAGCAGGCCAAGUACACCUGCUCCUUCUGUGGCAAGACUAAAAUGAAGAGGGAAGCAGUGGGUAUUGGCACUGUUCCAUAUAUGAAAACAGUGGCUGAUGAUGCCUGGAUAUUCAGCAUCACUUCAGCAGUGACAGUGAAAUCUGCUAUUAUAAGACUGAAGGGAUUAAAAGACCAGUAAAGCAUAUUUUUUGUUCCAGUACUGUUUGUCUUAUUCCAGUGUCUCAAAACACCAAUUAAAGGUGUUUGUAAAGCUAAAAAAAUAGAUGUGGUUCUGCGGCAUUCUAAAAGCUUUGUUUGAUCAGAAUAAGAAUUGUUCCUUGGGAAGGCUCUUUCACUGAAAGUUUCAUCAAGUGCCUGUUACUUUAAAUAUAUUUGCACUUCAACAUUCUGAUCCAUAACCAUGAAAGGAACAUUAUUGUUAAAGUUUUAUCUAUCUUCUUCCUUACAUUUUUAACAUUACAAAAUAAAGUCAUACAAAGCAAAUG